ACAGUUGUUUUCGACUUUUCUUUUCCGCAGAAUUCCCGUUCUGAAAUGCCAUCCAAUGAAGUGCAAUCAAAAGCAUAAAUUGAUGCGAAUUUCUUUCAUCUUUUUAAUAGUUUUGCUAUUUGUGCGUGGCUAUCCUGCCGAAGAGAAUACUGAGGAAGAAACCGUGAUUGAAGACUUUUUUAUAUGUCGUACCUGCGGAAAUGAUGUCAGCGUAGCGAAUCUAGCCUUCGACAAAUACACCCCACUAGCGCUUAGCGCGACAAAUCACUCUUUCACGGAAACACGUUCCGUGCUAAUACAGGAAGUGCAGAAUCCUCUCGGAAUUCGGUUUCACAUCUUUCUCGUAAAGCAAGCCUCCUGCGCAAAGGUCCACCCGUGGACAAUCAAGUCGACCUGGUUCCCUGGCUACGCGUGGAAGGUUUGCGUGUGCCCCAAGUGUCAUACACUGCUCGGGUGGAUGUUCGAACCCGUCGAGAGCGCCACGGCAGAGCAAAGUUUCCCUUCGGAGGCGGGUUUCUACGCAAUCAUCUUUCAGAACAUCAUCACAGAAGGAUUCGUGAACUCGCUGCUUAUGAAAGAAAAAGCACUGCGCGAUAAUUGACAUAUAUAACCGAAAGGAAGGAAACGCAAGUCACAACCAUGGUUGACCCCAAGAGACACAUCAACAUCCUUUCGCCAGAGGAACAGGCGUUCAUUGAGGAGUGCGACAAUGAGUUUGCACAUCGGU